CAUCACCAAACCUUAAAUCUCCCCUCACCGGCUGGAACCAUUGACUUUGGUGACACUUGUGACCAAGUUCAACACCUUGCUCUCGUCCAAUUUCGAGCAGCAGAUUUAGUUCUUUUCCUUUAACGCAGACUACUCUCGUCCGAAAUAUUAAUAUCAAGACAAUUCAGCAGCCAUGGUUGCUGAAACCAAGCUCUAUGAUUCUCUUGGGGUUCAGCCAAGUGCUUCACAAGAUGAGAUCAAGAAAGCCUACAAAAAACAAGCAUUGAAAUGGCACCCAGACAAGAACAGAGACAGCCCUCAAGCGUCUGAGAAAUUUAAAGAGGUCUCCCAAGCCUACGAAGUCCUUUCUGAUCCCGAGAAACGCAAAGUCUACGAUCAAUAUGGCUUAGAAUUCUUACUUCGCGGCGGCGCCGAAGCUCCGCCCGGAGGCCCUGGCGGAAUGCCUUUCGAAGGAGGCAUGCCCGGCGGAUUCCAAGGGUUUGGCGGAAUGCCCGGUGGAACACGGACAUUCCACUUUUCAACUUCAGGUGGACCCGGAGGAUUUAAGUUCAGCGACCCAGAGGACAUAUUUUCCGGAUUUGCUCGCUCGGGUGGCUUUGGCGGCGAAGGCCCCGAUAUAUUCUCGAUUUUUAAUGGCCUAGGUGGAGGUAUGGGAGGAGGAGGGGGUGGUGGUGGAGCAUUCCGAGCCGCGGGUGGUGGACAGCCUCGAUUUAGACCUUCAGCUGAGGCGAGACGGCCGCCCACGCCUGAAGUCACCACUGUCGAGAAACAGCUUCCGGUUGCUCUGGAGGAUAUCUUUAAAGGCGUACACAAGAAGAUGAAAAUUAAAAGAAAGACCUUUGAUGAAAGAACAGGGAAGAGAAGCGUGGAGGACAAGAUCUUGGAAUUCGACAUUAAGCCCGGCUUAAAAGCGGGUAGUAAGAUCAAGUUCAAGGGCGUAGGAGAUCAGGAAGAAGGAGGAACACAGGACCUCCAUUUCAUCAUUCAGGAGAAAGAGCAUCCCUGGCUGAAACGUGUUGGAGACGACCUGGUUACCACCGUCGAAAUCAGCCUUAAAGAAGCAUUGACCGGCUGGAGCCAUACCGUGACCACCAUUGAUGGAAAGCAGCUGCGGGUUUCUGGGAGCGGACCUACACAACCGGGCUAUGAAGAAGUAUUCCCACAUCAGGGCAUGCCGAAACCAAAAGAUCCUACCCAGCGAGGCAACUUUAUUGUUCAAAUCAAGGUGAAAUUCCCGACUAGCCUAACGUCAGCGCAAAAGGCGAAACUCAAAGAAAUUCUUUGAAAGCCCACAACUCCAGAUACACCUAUUUAUUCUAUUUGCAUAUUAUAAUGAAAGUGAACAUGAAGGGAUGCAUGCUAUGGUGUUUAGGGCGAGGAUUUGAGAGUUUCUUGGCGGACUUGUUGACAGUUGUUCUAUGUUCCUUUUAGUUUCAAUUCUACCUGACAUGUACUCCGUACUCCGUACAAAUGGCCCUGUUUUGGAUCCAGGUUGAACAUAUUUCCAAGACUUCAUAGUCAAAGUUAACCCAGUAGAUACUCUGUCAGAACUGGUACAUAGCUACUACUAAAUGAAG